AUGUCCGACUGGCGGAUGAAUUUAGCGAGAUGUUAGUUGCGCGCGGGGAAAGACAGAAGAAGCUUGAAGUGGGUGUUCGUUCUCUGAAGAUGGCGAGGUAAGAUGCGAACUUGAAGCUGAAAGUGAGAAAAGAGAGAACCGAGGGGUCCAGUCGGUGGUGAGGUACGAUUGGCCAGAACUUGAAAUAACCUCCCGGUCCAAUGAACGUGUUUGUGUUGUUCCCCAGAAUCGUGCCUGCCAUUUUUCUUCAGCUUCACGAAUGCCUGCCUCAACCUGGAAAGCCCUGUGGUCUCCGCUUCUGGUCAUCCACUUUUCAGAGGGAAGGAAGCGCUUCGGAUGAUGGAAUCCGCCGUGAGAAACUCGUGCUGCUUUCAAAACCCUGCAAUCAACAACUCACCUCAAAGCCUGCAAAAACCCUGCGCCGUUUUGAAUUCCUUUUCUCGCAGGGAUACCGAUGCUUGCGGGAAUCUUUUUCUUCUGAGCGUUGCGGGUUUCCCGAGAUCAAGUCGAGGCAGCUGGGACGAUCCUGUUCAGUUGCGUUACCGGCAGCUGUCUGAUCGGAAUCCCGCAUGGCACUUUUACGUGGUAUCUCAUCCCGUGUGCUCUCUUGCUACUCCCAGCUGCAGUUUCAAAUCCUCUCUGUCAGCUUUUGCUUGUCUGUUCCGACUUGACCGCGGUACCGUCCCGCCCCUGGCGCCAUCCGCCAUCGCCCCGGUCGAGUGGCCAGGAUUGGCAUCGAUGGAUGGGGUGUGGGCCUCGGCAGCCCUUGGAAACCCCUGCCCUUGCGGACCUGCACACCCCCGUCACCUGUCGCCGCCCCAAUUCCCGAUUCCCAGCCGUUGCACCAGUCACCCACUGAAGGGCCGCCUCCACACCGGGGCCUAUUUUGCGCUUGGGGGGUACCAAGAGAAUGUUGGUGUGGAUGUACCUCAGAGUACCCCAGGCCUUGCCCAAGGAAAAGGAAGAGGGGGGUGCUGCUGGGCUGGACAUGGGGCCGCACCACACAAGCGUCUGCCGCGGUGGUCAGUGAGAAACACCCCCAUUCUGAUUAAAACAUGCCCUUCUGCCCGCAAACCUUGCCUGAACCCAGGUGUUGAACCUUCUUGACUCCCCCUUUGCAACCAGGUCUCAUUGCCACUCAACCGCAGUGCUAUGGGCCCUCAGUCUCUCCAUAUUCCCGCCAAUUUACCCACACCAGUCAGCUGCUGUCCGUUGGAGGCCAGGCCUUUUCUUGGAUAGCAU